CUUUCUCCUCUAAGUUUCCCUCCUUCCAGCCGCGGCGUCUUACCGCGGCCGCAAUAUUCUUAUCAUCACCUUUCUCUUCACACCAAUAAAACAAAAACAUAAAACACACAAAAACUCUUCUUUCUCUCUUUCUCUUUCAUACAAAAAAGAAAAGGAAAAUAAAUAAAAAAAUAAUAGUGAUUGUUGUUUGUAACGACAUGAGAAUUUUCAAGGAAGCAAAGACUUCCUUAUUGUUGUUGUUAUUUGUUUUGUCGGGUUUGGAAAUAAUAUGCCAGGGACAAGAUAGCACAUUUCCAGACCCGACAACGUCUCCGCCGCCACCACAUGCGACGGAACUCGACAAUUGCGAUGGAAUAUUUCUAACGUACAGUUUGACAGGAAGGGAGAAGGAAUAUCCGCACGUGAAAAACAUGUCGAAACAAGCAUGGGCAUUUAAAGCUGAAGCAUCGUUAAUGAACGUUGGAGACGAGGAAUUGAAAGGUUGGAAGAUGUUUAUUGGGUUUCAGCAUAGAGAGAUUCUUGUCUCGGCCGAUGGCGCUGUUCCGAUCGAUUCGGAGGAUUUUCCGGCGGAGGUAGGGAAUGGGACUACACUUUCCGGGAACCCUAUGGCGGACUUGAAGACGGCGAUAGAAACAGCGGGUGAUUUUAAUCAAAUGGCUGUUAGGGUUCAGAUGAGUGGGACUCAAUUUGGCCUUGGUGCUAAUGCUACACCUAUGCCUAAGACUAUUAAACUUGUUAAUGAUGGUUUUAAAUGUCCCCAACCUAGUAGUAAAGGCUCAAGAAUGUUUGUAUGCUGCAGAAAAGACCCAAAAGCAAAAGCCAAAAUAGACAAGAAAACAAAGUUCCUUCCUCGUCGCUAUGGGGAUCUAACCAUAGCUUACGACGUGCUUCAAGCCUUCCAAACCAACUACUAUGCACAAAUAACCAUAGACAACAAUCAUCCAUUAGGUCGCCUUGAUCAUUGGAACUUAACAUGGGAAUGGCAACGAGGCGAAUUCAUAUACUCGUUAAAAGGCGCUUACGCUCGCAUAAAAGACCCUUCUGAAUGUUUAUAUGGUCCUGCAGGUAAAUACUAUGGUGACUUAGAUUUCUCACAAGUUGCAAAUUGUCAAAAAAGGCCUAUUCUCUCUGAUCUUCCAGUUGAAAGAGCAGAAGAUGAAAAAGUUGGUAAAUUACCUUGGUGUUGUAAGAAUGGUACUGUUUUACCACCUAUUAUGGAUAAGAACAGAGCUAGAUCACUUUUUCAGUUACAAGUUUUCAAAAUGCCACCCGAUGAUAACAGAACAGCACUUACACCACCAAUGAAAUGGCACAUUGAUGGUGUUAUUAACCCUAAAUACACUUGUGGACCACCAAUUAGGGUUGAUUCACAACAAUUUCCUGAUCCAAGUGGACUUAAAGCAAUUUCAACAGCUGUUGCUAGUUGGCAAAUAAGUUGCAACAUUACCAAACCAAAGCCGCAACAGAAUCGUUGCUGCAUUUCAUUCUCAGCUUUCUACAAUGAAUCUGCUAUCCCUUGUAACACAUGUGCUUGUGGUUGUGAUGACACAAGGAAAUGUAAUGCUAAUGCUUCACCUUUACUUCUUCCGCCUGAAGCUCUUCUUGUACCUUUUGUCAAUCGAACUUUGAAAGCACACGCUUGGGCAAAACUCAAACAUAUGAAAGUUCCUAACAAGUUGCCUUGUGGAGAUAAUUGUCCUGUUAGUAUUAACUGGCACGUUAGUUCUGAUCAUAAGGAAGGAUGGACGGCUAGAAUUACCAUUUUCAAUUGGGAAGAUUUUGCUUUUGAAGAUUUGUUAAGGUCUUUCGAAGAUUUUCAAGAUGUUUAUUCGUUUAACGGGACGAGAAUUCCCGGUAUCAAAACUAUUUUCUUUCAAGGAAUGAAGGGUUUAAAUUUCUUAUCUGGAGAGACUAAUGGAACUCAUGUUAACGAUCCAAGGGUGCCGGGGAAACAACAAUCUGUAAUUUCUUUUCAUAAGAAACACAUGAGAGACUUCAACGUGGUGCGCGACGCUUUUCCUACUAAGGUGUUCUUCAAUGGAAUGGAAUGUUCAAUUCCUCCACAUAGACCUACUCAAAGCUCAGGACAUAAAUCUUCUAUCAGUGUGAUUGCAGUCAUUUUCACUGCUUUUAUGACAUUCUUCCUCAUGACAGAUCGCUUUUUCUGAAUCAUUGUUGAUGUUAUCGAUUUGUCUAAACAUGGAACUACAUUUUGAGUCUCAUCAAAGAUGGUGUUGUGUGCCUAUACAAAAGGGGGAAGAUUGGUAACAAUGGAUAAGACCAGAUGAUGAGUGAUGCAGCAUGUGUUUGUGUAAAAGUACAUAACAGUAUAUAUGAUCUCAUACAAGAUUGUGUGGAACUUAUAAAGUUCAGUACAUAACUAGUUCAUAUUUACAAAUUAGAUGGCCUUUUUGUGUAUGAAUUAUUAGUUCAAGUUGAUAGCUUCUUCUUUUUUUUUUUUUUUUUUUCUUCGAACUGUCAAUAAAAUCUUCUCAUAGAUUAGUAGAUCA